ACAUGUGCACUGAUCAUCAGUGUCCAUCAUUGCCAGCUGCCAGUGCUCAUCCAUGCCACCUGCCAGUGCCCAUUAGUGCCACAUCAAUGCCACAUAUCAGUGCCUACCAGUGCACAUCAAUGCCACAUAUCAGUGCCCAUCUGAGCUGCCUUUCAGUGCCACCUAUCAAUGCCAGUCAGUGCCACCUAUCAGUGCUGCCAAUCAGUGCCACCUAUCAGUGUCAUGCCCAUCAGUGCCACCUAUCAGUGUCCAUCAGUGCAGCUUACCAGUGCCCAUCACUGCAGCCUCAUUAUCGCACAUCAGUGAAGGAGACAAAUCACUUAUUUACAAAACUGUAU